AACAUACAUAACAACGUAAAUAAACAGAUGUUUUAACAUAAUUUAUUAUAAAAAACUUAUCGAAGAUGUUAACUUUUAAAAAAAAACAACGUAAAUAUAAAAUUAGCAAAUAUUAUUUGAUUCCUUUAUUUUGUAUUAGUUUUUUAAGAUGAGGUCUCCAACUGUUUGUAGAUAUUUUAACUGCAUUGUCACGGUUGAGACGUAUAGGAACGUGUUUUAUUUCUUCGUAUGGUGCUCAACAUUCUUCAGAAAAUUUAAUAUCUCGCGAAAAACUUUUCUGUGAAAUUCAACAUUUUUUUUUACAAGAUGCAAACAAGUCAAUUUUAGUAUUGUGUGGUAUGUCGGGUGUCGGAAAGACACAAAUCGCAAGAAAAUAUUGUGAAACUUAUUAUACCUUCUACAAAAACUUUGUUUGGAUAGACGCAGCAUUUGGAAAGUUACAAACUUCAAUGAGAAACCAUUGUCAAAUAUUAGGAUUCGAAGUUCGUGAUUCAAAAGGUGAUUAUUUUAGUAUAGAAGUGAUUGUUGAAAAAAUUCAUAACUUUUAUAAAAAAAAAAAGGUUUUAUAUAUUUUUGACAACGUCGACGAUGAAAGUGUAAAAAAUUUAGCAAUGUACAUUUCAAGAAAACCGAACUCAUUUACGUUAAUAACCUCUCAAUGGAGAACGUGGUCAAAUAAUGUAAAUAAAAUCAAUGUUGAUGUUUUUUCUUGUAAAGAAGCAUUCGCUUAUGUAAAAAAUAGUAUUAAAGAAAACAGCAAUGAAAACAUAAAAAAUUUAAUUAAAGAACUUGGUUAUCAUCCCUUUGCUAUUACUCAAGCAAUAAAGUAUAUAAAUAUACACAAACUUUCAAUAGAAAAAUACUUACAACGAUAUAAAUCAAAUCCUUCAGAAAUAUUAGACAAUAACAACUUUCCAACCGAAAAAGAGUCGAAAUCUGCGAUAAAAGCAAUUAAUUUAGUGUUAGUAAAGUUAGAAAAAACUAAACCCUUACCAUUUAUAAUAUUAAACUGUUUAUCUCAUUGCGACGGUCAAAACAUCAGUAAAGAAUUGAUAACACAUAUCUCAAAUCACAUGCAAAUAAAUGAAGAAUAUUUAAUAGAUGAAGCCAUUGGAUUACUAAUGAGUUAUUCGUUACUAAACUGUUUUGAUGAUGAAAAAUAUUCAAUGCACGAACUGACACAGUUGACGUGUAGAUGUUUUCAAAAUAGAAAUUCAAGUACAAAUACGUAUCUUUAUCUAAUCGAAAACUUAUUUAAAUUUGAACUGUAUGAAGUAAAGGAUCACAUGGAUUACGGAAACCAUUUUGUUUUUCAUUUUAUCUAUAUGUUUCGUAAGAACGUCAAAAGGUUUUCAAAAGUCUUUUAUGAUAUGACAACUUCUACUGAAAAAAUAUUAGUAUGUAAAGGUUUAUUUGAAGAAGCAAUUGAAAUAUUAAAAGCAGUUCAAAAUUUUAACACAGAAACCUAUGGUGAAAGUAAUAAACUCACGCUUGAUACAAAACAUAAUAUCGCAAACUGCAUUCGCGAAAUGGGAAAAUUUAAUGAAGCUUUGGAAAUUUAUUAUUCAGUUAAUAAAAUUCAAACGGAAAAUUUAGGUACCAACCAUCCAGAUACAAUGAGAACAAAAAAUAAUAUUGCAAACUGUUUGUACGAUAUGGGAAAAUAUAACGAAGCCUCAGAAAUUUAUUAUUCUGUUGAUACAAUUCGAACUGAUAUUUUAGGUAUCAAUCAUCCAGAUACAAUGAUAACAAAACGUAAUAUCGCAAAUUGUUUGAAAAAAAUGGGAAAAUAUGAUGAUGCUUUAGAAAUUUAUUAUUCUGUUGAUAAAAUACAAACUGAAAUUUUAGGUAUCAACCAUUCAGAUACAAUGACAACAAAACGUAAUAUUGCAAGCUGUUUAAACUGUAUGGGGAAAUAUAACGAAGCUUUAGAAAUUUAUUAUUCAGUUAAUAAAAUACAAAUAGAAACUUUAGGUAUCAACCACCCAGAUACAAUGACUACAAAAAACAAUAUUGCAUUCGGUUUGAACAAUAUUGGGAAAUACAACGAAGCUUUAGAAAUUUAUUAUUCUGUUGAUAAAAUACAAACUAAAAUUUUAGGUAUCAACCAUCCAUCUACAAUGACAGCAAAACAUAAUAUCGCACUCUGUUUGUUUUAUAUGGGAAAAUAUAACGAAGCAUUAGAAAUUUUUUAUUCUGUUGAUAAAAUACAAAACAUAAUUUUAGGUAUCAAUCAUCCAGAUACAAUGACAACAAAACGUAAUAUUGCAAGCUGUUUGAAUUGUAUGGGAAAAUAUAACGAAGCUUUAGAAAUUUAUUAUUCUGUUGAUAAAAUACAAACUAAAAUUUUAGGUACCGACCAUCCAGAUAAAAUGACUACUAAACAUAAUAUUGCAACCUGUUUGUAUAAUAUGGGAAAGUAUAACGAAGCUUUAGAAAUUUUUUAUUCCGUUGAUAAAAUACUAAUUGAAAUUUUAGGUAUUAACUAUCCAGAUACAAUGACAACAAAACAUAAUAUUGCAUUCUGUUUAAACAAAUUGGGAAAAUACAACGAAGCUUUAGAAAUUUAUUAUUCUGUUGAUAAAAUACAAACUGAAAUAUUUGGUAUCAACCACCCAGAUACAAUAAAAACAAAACGUAAUAUCGCAAACUGUUUAAGUAAUUUAAAGAAUCGGCAAUCGAGUUGUUUAAUUAUGUGAUUAUUGUUUUAGUUUUAUUAUAUAUAUUUAUUUAUAUAUUGUAAAAUAUAUAAAACAUAUAUAUAUUUAUUUAUAUAAUGUAGGUUUAUUAUUAUAGGAUGUAUUUGUUACUAAAAUAAAAGAAA